AUGGAGGCUGCUCAUCGUCAGAAGGAAGAAGAUCUUGAAGAGACGGAAAAUGUCAGUCAACCGAGUGAACCUGCUUCAACGUUGGCAUUAUCCACGCCUAGAAAUAGAGAGAUAGUGGAACCAGUUGCAGCAAUUCCUCCAGCAAAAGAUGAUAUUCCAGUAAUGGAUGAAGCAGAGGCUGAGAUUCUUUCUCAAACUGGAGAAGUUCAGGAGAUAUAUGAAACAAGAGUAGCUGCAAUGACAAAUAUUGAGCACAGUGUGUCAAGGAUCUUGGAAUGCAUGGGCAGUACUGAAACUGUCAGAAAACUUGCUGUUCAUGGAGUUUGUGGGGUAGGCAAGUCCACUGUGCUGAGAGCAUUAGUCAAUAAUCCCAAAACAAAACACAAGUUUGAUUUGAUCAUUUGGGUGACAGUCUCAAAAUACUGGAGCAGAAGGAAGAUACAAGAUCAAAUUAUACAGCAGUUGCCGCCUGCAUCUUCCAAUGCUGAACCAUUCCAAAUUUUGAAGGGCAAGAAGUUUUUGCUUCUGCUGGACGAUGUUUGGGAGCGGAUUGAUCUACAGGAAAUGGGCAUUCCUGAUCCCAGCCAAGAAAAUGGUAGCAUGAUGAUACUUUCAACUAGAGAAUUGAAGGCUUGUCAUGAUGCGGGGGAGAUUAGAGUGGUCCAGAUUGAACCUCUCUCCAAAGAAGAAGCUUGGACACUGUUCCGUGAGCAAGUGGGUGGGGUAGUUGACUUGCCAAGUAUCAACCACUUUGCAAAAGGUAUAGUUGAAGGGUGUUGUGGUCUGCCUUUGUUAAUUAUUGUUACUGGAAGGGCCCUGGUUGAUGAAAAAAAUGUCCCUGUCUGGGAGCAUGCUUUGAAUGAAUUUUCAGAGCCUGGUAGAGAUGUCAAAUCUCGUAUGGAGGACCUAGUCCAGCUAUUAAAAUUCAGCUUCUACCGCCUGAAGUCUCGUAGCUUAAAGAGUUGCUUUCUUUAUCGUGCCUUGUUUUCAGAAGAUCAACAGAUCAGUCCUAGCGAAUUUGUAGAUUAUUGCAUCCAAGAAGGUUUAAUUGCUGGAAGUUGGUCUAAUGCAUAUGAGAGGGGACAUGAUAUUCUUGAUGCUCUUCUACGUGCUUUACUGUUGGAAACUACUGAAGGUGGUCGAUUAAUCAAAAUGCGUGAUGUAAUGAGAGAUUUAGCGUUGGAAAUCUUGUCAUCAGACACUGAAGGCUGUCAGUUUCUGCAGAGAACUUAUUCAAAACCAUUGAAGCCAGAAGAUAGAUCCUCAUCCACUAGCGCUGAUGGUCAGUAUUUAUCAAGAGUUGUUGCAGGUCUAACUGAGCCGCCUACGGAGGAAGAAUGGGAACAAUCCGAGAUUAUGUUUUUGAUGAAUGAUAAGUUGUCCGCUCUGCCUGACAAACCAAGUUGCUCUAAACUUGUCACAUUGUUUCUGCAAAGGAACUAUCAGCUGAGAGUGUUACCCGAUCUUUUCUUUCACAACAUGCCUCUCCUUAAAUUGUUGAACCUAUCCAAGACUAGAAUCAAGUACUUGCCCAAGUCAAUUUCAAAUCUUGAAAGACUAGAAACACUUAUUCUUCGUGAUUGCGAACGCCUAGUCAAGCUCCCCUCUGAAGUUGGAUCUCUUAAACUUCUUCAAGUACUUGAUCUUCGGGGCACGGAGAUCAUUGAAUUACCUGAAGAGAUUGCUGAGCUGGACUCUCUAAGCUACUUGGAAGUAUCCUUCUAUGGAUCUAGCACCAACAGCAAGCAUGCUAAGCUGCCACCUGGAUUGAUUUCCAGACUUGAAGCAUUGGAAACACUAAGCAUAAGUGUGUACCCAGGAGAUAAUUGGUGGAAUAAGAGUGUCGAAUCCUUCAUUAAGGAAGUGAUCAACUUGAAAUUGUUGACUUCUCUUUCCUUCUAUUUCCCAGAGGUCAAGUUUCUUGAGCAGUUCCUCGGAGAUAGUGCAUCCUGGAAGGAAGAAAGCUUAACAGAGUUCAAAUUUGUUGUUGGCGCUGACAUCAAGUUUAAUGCAUCACGAGUCCCACAGCAUGUAGAGCUGAAUUAUGGUCUAAUAUCCGGUCAAUGCUUGAGAUUUGUCAACAGUGAGAAGAUACCUGAUGCAAUUGUUAAUGUGUUGGCUCGAUGUACUGCUUUUUAUUUAGAUCAUCAUCUUGACGUCCACAGGCUGUCUGAGUUUGGGAUUGGCAACAUUAAGAAGUUGAAAUAUUGUAUAAUAAGUGAAUGUCCCGACCUUGAAACUAUUGUGGACAGCGAGGAGGGAACUGAGAGUGUAUUUCCAUGCCUGGAGUACUUAAGUAUUCAUUAUUCAUGGAGUUUGACAAGCAUUUGGAAGGGUGUUGUCCCCAAAGGAAGCUUUGCAGCUUUACGAACUUUGUCUUUGUAUGCAUGCCCAAAGUUGACUUAUGUUUUCAAAAGCUCAAUGCUGCAAUUCAUUUCCAACUUAGAAGAGUUGCUGGUUGAUGACUGUGAAGCAAUCGAAAAGAUCAUUUCUGUGGAAGAGGUCACUGAAUCUUGUUGUAUUUCACUCAAAAGUUUAACACUUCAGUAUCUUCCUAAAUUGGUUCAUAUUUGGGAAGAUGCUCAGACUAGGCUCUUGUUUGAAUACAUUAGUGUCUACGAUUGCCCUCAGUUGAAGCAGAUUUGUAAAGACUCAGAGCUGAAACAGACUCUGAGGGGAAUUAGAGCCGAAAAGGAUUGGUGGGAUGAAUUAGUGUGGGAGGAAAAUGGGAUUCACUCGCAUUUUGAAGCCCUUUUCACUCCUAUUGGCGAGGGUGGUGUACAUAGUUCUUAA